AUGUUAGCGUCGAGUGGCUGUUUCACAGCGAUCCUCGACAGUGCUAUUCAAUCAGCGUUACUACCCUGUCAUGAAGAAGAAGUGACUGCGUCAUACUGGAAAAAAAUUACGUCAACCCUGACUGAUGUUUUCAAUUCCUUUAUAGUCGACAGUUUGGAAAAUGAAUGCCUUUCUUCUCGUUCAUGCAUCCGUCUAAUAAUUUUGGCAUGUGGGUGCAUUGGGAACGAUUUGUCAACUAAAAAACUUAGAACUGUUGAUAAACGGCUUUCUUCGUUAGGUCAGGAGGUCCUUGAACGGAUUAGUAUUUAUUUAAGCGCAGCUGGCACUGAAGAUCUUUUUAAGAAGCUACUGCUUGAUGACGAUCAAUGCAGUAAAACGUCAGUCUUUGACCUCUUCUUGCGUGAAGUCACUAGUUGUAUCGCUCAUCAACGCGUCGUUGAAAAUGGUGAUCUCAUAAGCCGUGCUCCUUUAUUCCGCGAUGCGGUUGUUUGGGUCACGGACAAAGUUCACUACCCUGUUAUUAGCAGUAGUCAGCAUCUAAGUAUUCUGCAUCCUCUUGCUCUUCAACUUAUGGAAGACUACCGGAGCCAAAUAAAACUUUUGGGACUGCGGUUGCUUGCACAUUUAGCGCAAGAGGUUCUGGUGGCGUCCUGGAGAAGCACGGGACGGGCCGAAGCAACGCUUGAAGUGUUGAUUUGCCAACGGUUUGCACACUCUCGAGAAAAGGAUCUUAUGGACUCCACAUACAACUGUAUAUUUUUAUGUUUACAUCUGUUAGAAGAGACUCAACGAAAGGAUUGGUAUAACAGGAUUUCAGACAUUCUGCUUUGUGACCUAGCCCUCGAAGUGUGCUUCGAAAAGAAAAUCGUUCUUUUAAAGAACAUCGCAAGGAUACUGGACGUGUUGGGCCGUGACGUGAUGAUCCAUUCACGGCGCCUGCUAAAAGCCGCGGAAAUCACUCUAUUGGCCCCGCGCUCGCCAACCUAUAGUUCGCAGGAGCAUGAAUCUUUCCUACGAAUGCUGGAAAUUGUCCACAAGUUUGUUGUCCUUGGAGUUGACUGCCUAUUCCCUGACCUUGUUGUCAUGGUUUUACCAAUGAUAAUUGCGUUUAUUGACCUGGAGUGGAGUAGAAGACAAAAUCAGAAAGAUUCAUCAUCGCUAAGUGAAUUGUCUAGAGUUCUCACUGAAAUAAUCAACAGGAUUGUUGACGCUGACCCCAUCACAAUGAACAGCGCACUGGAAACCUGCUCUCAGUCCGUUCCAGCCAUACGACUUUUCGUGUCCACAUCUAGUUAG